UGACAUUGAAGAUAACAUUACAUUACUUUACUUUCUUUUCUUUACAUUACAUUACAGAGACGUAAAUAUAAUUUAAAUACAGAUACGUAUUUACGUCAAAUUCUCCGGAACCGUGGUUCCACUUUUUUAUGGUGGAAACCAUAAGCCACGCAAGUCUAGUAGAGUACUAUAACAUGACUAUAUUUCAUAGCUCCAGAUUCAGUGGCAUUGAACAGAGAUUAGAAGACCAACUGCAUAUUUUUCUGCAUCGUGCUACAAUUCCUAUUUUUUCUUGUGCCAGUGUAGUUGAACAAUGGUCGAUGUAGAUCACAAAACGGACAUAUGAGAUGUGAUGUGUGUACAAUUUGCUGUGUGCAAGUGCAGUUGACGUGUCAACCAAAUGCACCCAAGAAUUGACACGAAUACAGACUUACACAUGCGGUGUGUUCAAAUAACUACGAUGUAGUGUUAUAUAAACGGUGGUUGUUGGUUAGGUUUAGUAUUCACUGUUCUACAUGUCUCAAGAUUCCGACGGUGGUGAAAUGAUGUCACUAAGGGAAUGGAGACAAGCCAUUCGAACACCUGUAGGGAACAGAACUUUAAGAAUUCAAACACAGUUUGUUAGUCUGGUUGCCUUUAUUGGCUUAGUAGUGUUGUUCCUGGUGUAUACAUAUGCUGUAGAUCAUCAUUCCAAUCCCAGUGUAGAGGCUGUUAAAAAUAAGUCCACUGUCAAACUGUACAUGCCAAUUGUGACAACUUCCAGUCAUAAUAAUUAUAAUACUACAUAUCCAUUGACAACACCAAAAAGAACAUCUAAAGGAAUCCAGUUUCGCAUAGGAAUGGUUAGUGAUUUGGACAAAGAAUCCAAAAGUAAAACUGAAGAGUUUAUGUGGCUAAGUUACUAUAAGAAGGGGUACCUAUUAUGGAAUCCUCUUUCAAACAGCAUUAAAGUAUCAUGGGAUACAGGUGACCCAAUUGUAUUGAAAUCAAGACUUGGAGAGUCUGGUCGAGGAAUGGAGCUCUCAGAACUUGUAGUAUUUAAUGGAAAGCUGUAUGUUCUUGAUGACAGGACAGGAAUUGUUUAUGAAUUACUUGAUGACAGAGUUAUACCAUUUGUUAUACUCAAUGAUGGGGAUGGAAGGAUGAAUAAAGGUUUCAAGUCAGAAUGGGCUACUGUGAAACAGAGGAAGUUGUUUAUUGGAGGUCUGGGGAAGGAGUGGACAACCAACACUGGAGAAGCUGUGAACACACAUCCGCAGUGGAUCAAGACUGUCGCUUCGACAGGAGAAGUAGAACAUCAUAAUUGGUUUCACAAAUAUCUUUCAGUCAGAAGAGUUCUUGGAAUUGAAUUUCCUGGUUACAUUACACAUGAAGCAGUGGUAUGGAGUGAUGUCCACGAUUGUUGGUUUUUCCUUCCACGGCGAUGUUCAAAAGAGCGUUAUAAUGAUGUGCUUGAUGAAACUAGGGGUUGCAAUGUCAUGAUCACAACAGAUGAUACAUUCACAGACAUCAAGGUUCUUCGUGUUGGAAACAUAAUUCCUACACAUGGAUUUUCUAGUUUCAAAUUCAUCCCUGGAAGCUCAGAUCAAGUUAUUGUUGCUCUGAGAUCUGAAGAAGACAAGGGUGCCACUGCAACAUAUAUUAUAGGUUUUGAUAUUACAGGAAAAAUUUUGCUACCUGAAACAAAAGUAGCAGAUAAAAAGUAUGAAGGAUUUGAAUUUAUAUGAAGUGAAACUAGUAAAAUUUUAAUGAUUUAAUUUUCUCAUGGCUACAAGUGUGAAGAUGGUUGACUUCUGGAUUGCAGCGCUGUGUAGUCUGGUAUAAGUUCACCAACGUUUCAGAGAUACUUUCUGCUUCCAUCAUCAGGGCAGUGACCUCUGAAAUGUUGGUAAACAUAUACCAGACUACAGAGCACAAUCCAGAAGACAGCCAUCUUCAUAGUAAUUUUUUGAAAAUCAAAAAACUUAUUUUGUACAUAAGUAUUUCAUACAAAGGGAAAAUUAUUAACACUCAGAUAUAAACAGCUGACAAUGGCUUAAUCAUUUAUAAGAAAUUGUUAUGUUACAAUUAUUGGUUAAUUGGUAAAUGUUCUGUAAAAAAUUUGCCCACAGUUUUAAAUCUGUUUUCAGACAAACUAAAUAUAUUUUCUAAGUUCCUAAGAAUAAAUUAUAAUCUUAACUUAUAUGAAAAUCUGGCCCAUGUUUCUGUGCAUCCAAUAAAUAAAAUACAUAUUUUACAAAAAAAUUGCAUACCACAUA